AUGAAGAGCUCCCAUCGUACGGAUCUGCUCGCCUGUUUACCAACUGUUUUCUUGUUUCUACUAUUAUCCGGGUCGGAGCUAGCGGCCGGUCAACCGAGUCAACCCGACCCGAGUCAUGACCCGUAUGGUUACGGCGGAAGGCUAAGCCCCGCUUUGUCUGUUGUGGUGGUGGUCGUGAUCGCAUCUCUCUUCUUCAUGGGCUUCUUCACCGUAUACAUCCGCCACUGCACCGGCGCAACGGAAGCCAGCGUUAACCCCGCAAGAGGAGGGAGGAGAGUUAGGAACGCCACGGUGGCGCGUGGGCUCGACGCGUCCACGAUCGAGACGUUCCCGACGCUCGUGUACUCGGAAGUGAAGACGCAGAAGAUCGGGAAAGGUGCGUUGGAGUGCGCGAUCUGCCUCAACGAGUUCGAAGACGACGAAACGCUGCGUUUGCUGCCUAAAUGCGAUCACGUGUUCCACACUCACUGCAUCGGCGCGUGGCUCGAAGGUCACGUGACUUGCCCGGUUUGCAGGACCAAUCUCGCGGAACAAAAACCGGAUGAACCGGUGGUCGAACCGGAGAUAAUAACCGAAACGGAUCUCGAGGCGCAGCGAUCGGUGAUUCCGGAACCGGCGGCGGAACUCGAUGGCACUGAGAGUGCCACACGUGUCAAAUUCUCGAGGUCGCACACGACGGGUCAUUCGGUGGUAUUACCGGGAGAAAAUACAGAGCGGUUUACGCUUAGACUACCGGAAGAUUUAAGGAAGAAGAUAAUGGCGAAUUGGAAGAUGAACCGGUCAAAUAGUGUUUUUGUUCUACCGAGGGGAGGGAGCUCGAGGAGUGGUAAACCGGCGGACCAGUCAAGGGCUCGAUCAGACCGGUGGGUUUUCCGCAAAACACCAUCGUUUCUGUGGCGGAACCGGGACGAUGGCUCGAUUAGGCUUGGUGGUACAGGUAGCAUUAAAGCCAAUGCGAUACCAAGUCUAACCGGUGAUUCGGUACGAGCAGAUCGGUGGGCUUUUCUUAGGAACCCAUCGUUUCUGUGGAGAAAUACAAAUACGUCGGUUCUAUCGCCGAGAAUUGGGGCCAGUGACGGUGAAGGAACAUCGUCAGUGCACCAUACUGGUACAUCUGGUCCGAUUAGAUUACCAGUUUAG